UCUAUCAAUAUGAAUGAAUUAUUUCAUUAUUGUUUACUAAUUUUUCUUGUAUUAUUUUCUUUUUUUUUUUUUCACUAAAAAUCGGAUAAUAUCUUAUAAUAAUAGUGGAAUCGCUGGUACAGAGUCAAAAAAAGAUUCCCUCAUAACACUAUUGAUGAAACAUCCAAUUAGAACAUCUAAUAAGUUCUUAUCUUAUUUCUAGUAGAAUUAAAAAACAUUAAACAUAAAAAAAAUACCCUUGGAAGUAGUAAGGGAAUGAAUCUUACUAAUGGGUAGGAAGAAAAAGAAGCACCUAUGUUUUAUUUUCCUCGCCAUUUGAUUAAAGUAAAAAAUAUCGAAUCAAGAUCGAUUCCUAUGCAUACUCAUACUCUAUAUUUGCAUCUCUUAUUUCCAUUUGAUCUAAUCCUUAUUGUCUCCCGAUUCGUUCUCUAAAUCAAUUGGAGAACUUUUUCUGAAAUUCUUUCACUAGUAGAGAUUACCAAAAAUAAAUAAUUUUAUUUUUCUUAGAAUGGAAAUAGAAUAGAAAAUAUUUUUUAAUUGGAUUAAAUUAAAAUGAAAUUCAUGAUAAUCAAAAAAGUUUUCUGUAUCAACAAAACGGAAUAAACUUUUUUGAUUCUCUUGUCGAUCAGGCGACACCCGGAUUUGAACUGGGGAAAAAGGAUUUGCAGUCCCCCGCCUUACCACUCGGCCAUGCCGCCAAAAUGAUACAAAAAAAAUAUAGGAGAAUACCCCUCUCCUCUGAAAAAACCAAAUAAAGGUGUUCUAAACUUCUUUUUUUUUUUUUUUAUGUGUUUGUAUCUUAAAUUCCAUUUUCUUGAAUUCCCUUUUUCUAUUGAAAAAACAAACGUAUACCUUUCAAAACGGGACAAAUUAUAAGCCCGAACGUAAAAUUCCUGAAUAAUUCUUGAAUCUGAAUCUCUUCUUUCUUAAUAAGAAAAAAAUAGAAAUUAAUACAUAACCAAUCCAUCUUUUUUUUUUGAAUCCUUAUCUAUUUCAAUUAUAAGAGCAAUUGUUAAUAUAUGUCAACCCCCGAACAUAAAUUUUUAUUGUUACACAAUUAGUAUAUAAUUGGGUAUAUUAUUCGUAUAUAAUACCUCUAUUUAUUAUAGGGAUUUUUCAAAAAAUUCUCGUGCUUUCAUUUUUUUGCCAAUUUUUCAUUAAAUAGAUUUAUGAAUGAAUAGAAAAAACAAAUUAACACGACAUGUGCUAUCCGGAACAAAUAGGAUUCCAAUAAAGUCAGAGACAUAUAUAGAUAGCUCUAGCUGAAGUUAGAUCUAUGCAUGUUUAAUAAAUCCAAGUCUUUUUACGCAUUACAAUCGUAUUCUUAAAUUCUAAAAAAAAUAUAAAAAAAUAUCUCUCUUCUUUGUGAAUUCUCAUUCUUUUUUGAACAAUGGAAAUCGUAAAGUGCUACAAAAAUAAAUUUUAUAUUUUUUCUGAUUAUUUUAUUUUUUAUAUCUUUAUCUCAUGGAGCCGAUGAAAUCCCAAAUUCCAUUUUUGGUAUCCAAUCGAAUUGGAAUAUGUAAUAUCAUACUAUACUAAUAGUAUAAAUAGAAUUCCUUUUUUGUUUUGAGAUUCUCACCUCGAAGUCUAGGUGAAAUUUAUCAAUUGAUUUCUAUUUAUAUUACAAGUUAGAUUCUAUCUGUUUGUUUUGUUGCAAAUUCCAAUUGGAGUCUACAAUUUCCUCUUUUCAUAAAAGAUAUUUGAUUUUAUUUAUAGACGUUAUUAAGUAAAAUUUCAUGUGAUUCAGUAAAGUAAAAAGAAAUAAAAAUUCCAUUAUUGCUAAAUCGAUUCAUGUGAGUUGAUGAAGAAUCACAGCAAAUCGUGGAAUAUUUUCUAUAAAAGAAAUGGGGAAAUUGAAAAUGCUUGGCGUUGGGAAUGAAGGAAUGUCUACACUACCCGGAUUGAAUCAAAUACAAUUUGAAGGGUUUUCUAGAUUCAUUGAUCGGGGCUUAACAGAAGAACUUUUAAAGUUUCCAAAAAUAGAAGAUACCGAUCAAGAAAUUGAAUUUCAGUUAUUUGUGGAAACAUAUCAAUUGGUAGAACCCGCGAUAAAAGAAAAAGAUGCUGUAUAUGAAUCACUUACAUAUUCCUCUGAAUUAUAUAUAUCCGCGGGAUUAAUUUGGAAAAACAGUAGGGAUAUCCAAGAACAAAUUAUUUUUAUUGGAAACAUUCCCCUAAUGAAUUCCCUGGGAACUUCUAUAGUAAAUGGAAUAUACAGAAUAGUAAUCAAUCAAAUAUUACAAAGCCCUGGUAUCUAUUAUCGGUCAGAAUUGGACCAUAACGGAAUUUCGGUAUAUACUGCCACAAUAAUAUCAGAUUGGGGAGGGAGAUUAGAGUUAGAGAUUGAUAGAAAAGCAAGGAUAUGGGCUCGUGUAAGUAGAAAACAGAAAAUAUCUAUUCUAGUUCUAUCAUCAGCUAUGGGUUCGAAUUUAAGCGAAAUUCUUGAGAACGUUUGCUACCCUGAAAUUUUCUUGUCUUUUCUCAAUGAAAAGGAGGAAAAAAAAAUAGGGUCAAAAGAAAAUGCCAUUUUGGAGUUUUAUCGACAAUUUGCUUGUGUAGGGGGAGAUCCCAUAUUUCCUGAAUCUUUAUGUACGGAAUUACAAAAAAAAUUUUUUCAACAAAGGUGUGAAUUAGGAGGGAUUGGUCGACGCAAUAUGAACCGAAGGCUGAAUCUUGAUAUACCUCAAAACAAUACAUUUUUGUUACCGCGAGAUAUAUUGACAGCUGCCGAUCAUUUGAUUGGAAUGAAAUUUGGAAUGGGUACACUUGAUGAUAUGAAUCAUUUGAAAAAUAAACGUAUUCGUUCCGUAGCAGAUCUCUUACAAGAUCAAUUUGGAUUGGCUCUCGUUCGUUUAGAAAAUAUAAUUAGAGGAACUAUAAGUGGAGCACUUAGAUAUAAAUUGAUACCGACUCCUCAGAAUUUGGUGACUUCAACUCCAUUAACAACCACUUAUGAAUCUUUUUUUGGAUUACACCCAUUAUCUCAAGUUUUGGAUCGAACCAAUCCAUUGACGCAAAUAGUUCAUGGAAGAAAGUUGAGUUAUUUGGGUCCUGGAGGAUUGACGGGGCGAACUGCUAGUUUUCGGAUACGAGAUAUUCAUCCUAGUCACUAUGGACGCAUUUGCCCAAUUGACACCUCUGAAGGAAUCAAUGUAGGACUUAUUGGAUCUUUGGCAAUUCACGCAAGGAUUGGUCAUUGGGGAUCUAUAGAAAGUCCAUUUUAUGAAAUUUCUGACAGAUCAAAAAGAAUACAAAUGCUUUAUUUAUCACCAAGUAGAGAUGAAUACUAUAUGGUAGCGACGGGGAAUUUUUUAGCACUGAAUCGAGGUAUUCAGGAGGAACAGAUUGUUCCAGCUCGAUACCGUCAAGAAUUUCUUACUAUUGCAUGGGAACAAGUUCAUCUUCGAAGUAUUUUUCCCUUUCAAUAUUUUUCUAUUGGAGCUUCCCUCAUUCCUUUUAUCGAGCAUAAUGAUGCGAAUCGCGCUUUAAUGAGUUCGAAUAUGCAACGUCAAGCAGUUCCUCUUUCUCGGUCCGAAAAGUGCAUUGUUGGAACUGGAUUAGAACGCCAAGUCGCGUUAGAUUCAGGAGUUCCCGCUAUAGCCGAACACGAGGGAAAGAUCAUUUAUAACGAUACUGACAAGAUCAUUUUAUAUGGAAAUGGGAAUGCUCUAAGCAUUCCAUUAAUUAUAUAUCAACGUUCCAACAAAAAUACUUGCAUGCAUCAAAAAUCCCAGGUUCAGAAAGGUAAAUGCGUAAAAAAGGGACAAAUUUUAGCCGACGGUGCUGCUACAGUUGGCGGUGAACUCGCUUUGGGAAAAAACGUAUUAGUAGCUUAUAUGCCGUGGGAAGGUUACAAUUCUGAAGAUGCUGUACUCAUUAGUGAGCGUCUGGUCUAUGAAGAUAUUUAUACUUCUUUUCACAUAAGGAAAUAUGAAAUUCAGACUCAUGUCACAAGCCACGGUCCUGAAAGAAUCACUAAUAAAAUUCCACAUCUAGAAGCCCAUUUACUCCGAAAUUUAGACAAAAAUGGAAUAGUGAUCCUGGGAUCUUGGGUAGAAACGGGAGAUAUUUUAGUGGGUAAAUUAACGCCUCAAAUGGCGAAAGAAUCCUCAUAUGCCCCGGAAGAUAGAUUAUUACGAGCUAUACUUGGGAUUCAGGUAUCCACCUCAAAGGAAACUUGUCUAAAACUACCUGUAGGUGGUAGGGGCCGAGUUAUUGAUGUCAGAUGGAUCCACAAAAAAGCAGGUUCUAGCUAUAAUCCAGAAACGAUUCAUAUAUAUAUUUCACAGAAACGUGAAAUCAAAGUAGGUGAUAAAGUGGCCGGGAGACACGGAAAUAAAGGUAUCGUUUCAAAGAUUUUGUCGAGACAAGAUAUGCCUUAUUUGCAAGAUGGAAGACCCGUUGAUAUGGUCUUUAAUCCAUUAGGGGUACCCUCACGAAUGAAUGUAGGACAGAUAUUUGAAUGUUCACUCGGGUUAGCUGGGAGUAUGCUAAAUAGACAUUAUCGAAUAGCACCUUUUGACGAGAGAUAUGAACAAGAGGCUUCGCGAAAACUAGUGUUUUCUGAAUUAUAUGAGGCCAGUAAACAAACAUCGAAUCCAUGGAUAUUUGAACCCGAGUAUCCGGGAAAAAGCGGAAUAUUUGAUGGAAGAACAGGGAAUCGUUUUGAACAAGCUGUUAUAAUAGGAAAGCCUUAUAUCUUGAAAUUAAUUCAUCAAGUUGAUGAUAAAAUACAUGGACGUUCCAGUGGACAUUAUGCACUUGUUACACAACAACCCCUUAAAGGAAGGGCCAAACAAGGAGGACAACGGGUAGGCGAAAUGGAGGUUUGGGCUCUCGAGGGAUUCGGUGUUGCUCAUAUUUUACAAGAGAUGCUGACUUAUAAAUCUGAUCAUAUUAAAGCUCGUCAAGAAGUACUCGGGACUACGAUCAUUGGAGGAACAAUACCUAAACCCGUGGAUGCUCCAGAAUCUUUUCGAUUGCUCGUUCGAGAACUACGAUCUUUGGCUCUGGAACUGAAUCAUUUCCUUGUAUCUGAGAAAGACUUCCAGAUUCAAAGGAAGGAAUAUAAACAUCAACACCUUCGAAUUGGAUUAGUUUCUCCUGAACAAAUAAGUGCUUGGGCAAAAAAAAUCCUACCUAAUGGAGAGAUAGUUGGGGAGGUAACAAAACCCUAUACUCUUCAUUACAAAACCAAUAAGCCUGAAAAAGAUGGAUUAUUUUGUGAAAGAAUUUUUGGACCUAUCAAAAGUGGGAUUUGUGCUUGUGGAAAUUAUCGAGUAAUCGGAGAUCAAAAAGACCAACCAAAAUUUUGUGAACAAUGCGGAGUAGAAUUUGUUGAUUCUCGGAUACGUAGAUAUCAAAUGGGGUAUAUAAAACUAGCAUGUCCAGUAACUCAUGUGUGGUAUUUGAAACGUCUUCCUAGUUAUAUCGCGAGCCUUUUAGAUAAACCUCUUAAAGAAUUAGAAGGUCUAGUAUACUGCGAUGUCCGGAUGAGAGGAAACCCUCACGUCCGAUUUUCAAAGGGGGAGAUCCAUCUUAUUAGUGGAUCCUAUCCAAAUUUUUCGUUUGCUAGGCCCAUAAUUAAAAAACCAACUUUCUUACGAUUACGAGGUUCAUUCGAAUAUGAAAUCCAAUCCUGGAAAUAUAGUAUCCCACUCUUUUUUGCUACUCAGGGUUUCGAUACAUUUCGAAAUAGAGAAAUUUCUAGUGGAGCAGGUGCUAUCCGAGAACAAUUAGUUGAUCUGGAUUUAAGAAUUAUUAUGGAUUCGUCGUUGAUAGAAUGGAAAGAAUUAGGAGAAGAGGGAUCUACGGACAAUGAAAAUGAAUGGGAAGAUCGAAAAGUUGGAAGAAGAAAGAAUUUUUUGGUUCGACGCAUGGAAUUAGCUAAGCAUUUUAUCCGAACAAAUAUAGAACCAGAAUGGAUGGUUUUAUGUCUCUUACCAGUUCUUCCUCCCGAAUUGAGACCCAUUAUUCAAAUAGAUGGGGGUAAACUAAUGAGUUCCGAUAUUAAUGAACUCUAUAGACGAGUUAUCUAUAGGAACAAUACUCUUAUUGAUCUAUUAACAACAAGUAGAUCUACCCCAGGGGAAUUAGUAAUGUGUCAAGAAAAAUUGGUACAAGAAGCCGUGGAUACACUUCUUGAUAAUGGAAUCCGCGGACAACCAAUGAGGGACGGUCAUAAUAAAGUUUACAAAUCGUUUUCAGAUAUUAUUGAGGGCAAAGAGGGAAGAUUUCGAGAGACUCUUCUUGGAAAACGAGUUGAUUAUUCGGGGCGUUCUGUUAUUGUCGUAGGUCCAUCACUUUCAUUACAUCGAUGUGGAUUGCCCCGCGAAAUAGCAAUAGAGCUAUUUCAGACAUUUCUAAUUCGUGGGUUAAUUCGAAAAAAUUGUGCUUCAAAUAUCGGAGUUGCUAAGAGUAAAAUCCGGGAAAAAGAACCCAUUGUAUGGGAAAUACUUCAAGAAGUUAUGCAGGGGCAUCCCGUAUUGCUGAAUAGAGCGCCUACUUUGCAUAGAUUGGGCAUACAGGCAUUCCAACCCAUUUUAGUAGAAGGACGUGCUAUUUGUUUACAUCCAUUAGUUUGUAAGGGAUUCAAUGCAGACUUUGAUGGAGAUCAAAUGGCUGUUCAUGUGCCUUUAUCUUUGGAGGCUCAAGCAGAAGCUCGUUUACUUAUGUUUUCUCAUACGAACCUCUUGUCUCCGGCUAUUGGGGAUCCCAUUUCCGUACCAACUCAAGAUAUGCUUAUUGGACUUUAUGUAUUAACAAGCGGAAAUCGUCGAGGUAUUUGUGCAAAUAGGUAUAAUCCGUUUAAUUGCAGAAAUUCUCAAAAUGAAAAAAUUAGCGAUAAUAACUAUAAAUAUAUUAAAAAAAACGAACCCUUUUUUUGCAAUUCCUAUGAUGCAAUUGGAGCUUAUCGACAGAAAAGAAUAAAUUUCGAUAGUCCUUUCUGGCUCCGGUGGCGAAUAGAUCAAUGCAUUCUGUCUUCAAGAGAAGUUCCUAUCGAAGUUCACUACGAAUCUUUGGGUACCUAUUAUGAGAUUUAUGGGCAUUAUUUAGUAAUAAGAAGUAUAAAAAAAGAAAUUCGUUGUAUAUACAUUCGAACCACUGUUGGUCAUAUUUCUUUUUAUCGAGAAAUCGAAGAAGCUAUACAAGGGUUUUCUCGGGCCUAUUCAUAUGGUAUCUAAUCAUAUAGGCGGUUGGUGUUGGUAUCUAAGCUAGGUAAAUUUACUGACCUAAAUUAAGGUCAACUAGCAUCUUUUGAAUUUUCUACGUGAAUAAAUAUAAAGAAAAGGAAGUUUUCCAAUCAUUCACUCAAAUCCAUUGUCGAACCGAAUCCCACUGAGUGGAA